UUCUAGGAGCCUCUGGGCUUUGCACCUCCCAGGACGCGGCCCGGUUCUGGGAGCCUCCGGGCUUUGCACCUCCCAGGACCCGGCCCGGUUCUAGGAGCCUCUCGGCUUUGCACCUCCCAGGACCUGGCCCGGUUCUAGGAGCCUCCCGCCUUUGCAUCUACCCAGACCCGGCCCGGUUCUCGGUGCUCCCGGCUUUGCACUUCCCCGGCCCGGUCCUAGGAGCCUCUGGGCUUUGCACCUCCCAGGACCCGGCCCGGUCCUAGGAGCCUCUGGGCUUUGCACCUCCCAGGACCCGGCCCGGUCCUAGGAGCCUCUGGGCUUUGCACCUCCCCGGACCCGGCCCGGUUCUAGGAGCCUCUGGGCUUUGCACCUCCCCGGACCCGGCCCGGUCCUAGGAGCCUCUGGGCUUUGCACCUCCCCGGACCCGGCCCGGUUCUAGGAGCCUCUGGGCUUUGCACCUCCCCGGACCCGGCCCGGUCCUAGUUGCCUCUGGGCUUUGCACCUUCCCGGACCCGGCCCGGUUCUAGGAGUCUCUGCGCUUUGCAUCUACCCAGACCCGGCCCGGUUCUAGGAGUCUCUGCGCUUUGCAUCUACCCAGACCCGGCCCGGUUCUAGGAGUCUCUGCGCUUUGCAUCUACCCAGACCCGGCCCGGUUCUAGGAGUCUCUGCGCUUUGCAUCUACCCAGACCCGGCCCGGUUCUAGGAGCCUCCGGGCUUUGCACCUCCCCGGACCUGGCCCCGGCCCUAGCCUGGCCUCGCCCCCUCCUGCUCCUUGGGCCUCCUGAGGCUGCUUGGAGCGGUUUUUGACCACGUCACUACCGUGCCUGGUCCUCUUACACGAUGUGCUGAUGCAGGCAUUUGGGGGCUGGAGUACGGGAGGAGCCCGAGUACUCCAGUCACAUUGACUUUAUCCUAGAAGACAACUUUACAAGGAUCUAGAAGGAACAGAAUUAAAGAUGACUGAAUACGGGGCUCCAGAAAUUUAAGACAAUCAGCUUAGCAAAUCAUAUACUCUUCAGUGGAGCUGAGAACUGAUAAGUCUGCUCUGCACGGUGAUUUGGAGCUUUCCAAUCCCAGGGAAAACUUGACUAAGGGACUGCACAGGACUGAGUCCAUAUGGAAGAAGAGCUUCCCCUUUCCUACAGAGAAAGUGGCAAGCCAGUACAGGCUACUCUGUCGUCUUUGAAGAUGUUAGAUGUGGGAAAGUGGCCAAUUUUCUCCCUUUGUUCCGAGGAGGAGCUGCAGUUAAUUCGUCAGGCCUGUGUCUUCGGCAGCGCCGGCAACGAAGUCUUAUAUACCACAGUCAGCGAUGAGAUUUUUGUGCUUGGCACAAACUGCUGUGGCUGUUUGGGAUUAGGUGACGUCCAGAGUACCAUUGAACCUCGGAGACUGGAUGCUUUAAGUGGCAAGAAAAUAGCCUGCCUCAGCUAUGGGAGUGGCCCCCAUAUUGUCCUUGCGACCACAGAAGGAGAAGUCUUUACCUGGGGUCAUAAUGCUUAUAGCCAGCUGGGCAAUGGGACAACUAAUCAUGGUUUAGUGCCCUGUCAUAUUUCUACUAAUUUGUCAAACAAACAAGUCACUGAAGUUGCCUGUGGGUCUUACCAUUCUUUGGUGCUAACAUCUGAUGGAGAGGUAUUUGCUUGGGGCUAUAAUAACUCCGGACAGGUAGGAUCUGGAUCAACAGCCAAUCAGCCGAUCCCUCGAAGAGUCACAGGCUGCUUACAAAAUAAAGUUGUUGUGAACAUAGCAUGUGGGCAGAUGUGUUCAAUGGCAGUGGUGAAUACUGGGGAGGUCUAUGUCUGGGGUUACAAUGGAAAUGGGCAGCUUGGACUCGGCAGUAGCGGCAACCAGCCAACUCCCUGUAGAAUAGCAGCUCUGCAAGGCAUUCGCAUCCAGCGGGUUGCCUGUGGCUAUGCACACACAUUAGUUUUAACAGAUGAAGGCCAAGUGUAUGCUUGGGGUGCAAAUUCUUAUGGUCAGUUGGGCACUGGCAAUAAAAGUAACCAGUCCUAUCCUGCGCCUGUCGUCGUGGAAAAGGACAGGAUCGUGGAGAUCGCGGCCUGCCACUCGGCGCACACGUCGGCGGCCAAGACCCAGGGCGGGCACGUGUACAUGUGGGGCCAGUGCCGGGGCCAGUCGGUGGUCCUGCCUCACCUCACCCACUUCUCCUGCACCGACGACGUGUUCGCCUGCUUCGCCACGCCUGCCGUCUCGUGGCGCCUCCUGUCCGUGGAACCCGACGACCACCUUACAGUGGCCGAGUCUCUCAAGAGGGAAUUUGACAACCCCAACACGGCGGACCUGAAAUUCCUGGUGGAUGGGAAGUACAUUUACGCGCAUAAAGUGCUGCUCAAAAUUAGGUGUGAGCACUUCCGCUCCUCCCUGGAGGACCACGAGGACGACACGGUGGAGAUGAGCGAGUUCUCGUACCCGGUCUACCGCGCCUUCCUCGAGUUCCUGUACACCGUCCGCGUCAGCCUGCCCCCUGAGGAGGCCGUAGGCCUGCUGGACCUGGCGACCUUCUACCGCGAGAGCCGCCUGAAGAGGCUGUGCCAGCAGACGAUCAAGCAGGGCAUCUGCGAGGAGAACGCCAUCGCCCUGCUGUCGGCCGCCGUGAAGUACGACGCCCAGGACCUAGAGGAGUUCUGCUUCCGCUUCUGCAUAAACCACCUGACCGUGGUGACGCAGACGCCGGGCUUCGCGGAGAUGGACCACGACCUUCUCAAGAACUUCAUCAGCAGAGCCAGCCGGGUGGGCGCCUUCAAGAACUGAGCCGCGGGCGCCGCCGCGACCGCGUCCUCCCCCGAGACGCCCGAGACGCCCGAGACGCCGGAGCCGGACGCCGCGCUGCCCCCCCCCCCGCCCCCGGCCCCCCAGCUGGCUCCAGGCGGGGACGGCCGAGCCCCAAGGACCCACCUUACCGUCGCCCUUACGUUGUCGCCGGGGCGGCGGGAUCGCGCAGCGGCGCUGACCCCGCGGCCCCCCGGCCCCCCGGCCCCGCCGGCCCUCACGGCGGCCUCCCCAGGCCUCCCCUGGCCGAGGCGGGGCAGCGUGGGGCGCGGCAGGUCGGCGACAGCGGGCGGCCCGGCCGUCCGGCGCGCUGCUGCGGGUCCUCCACGGGCCGUGUGCGGGCGGCCUUGGGGCCGGAAACCCGGGCCUGACGCUCCACUAUCCCACAGUAAAGCGCUUGUUUGCGGACCGCAGGACGGACGCGAGCCGCCUCAGAAAUCCCUGAGCAGCCGCAAAGGUCCAUGGACCUCAGCGGCUCGUCCGUCCCGUCGAUGCACCUGACGGCGGCCGUCUGGGAGGCAGCGCCCCGACCCGCAGGGCGCACCCUGGGCCCCGCCGUCUAGCCGAGUCGCGGUCCGUGUCCUUGCCCGCGGCUGCUCCUGACCGCGAGGCCCCGCGCGGCCCGGACCCCCCCCCCCCGCCCCCGCGGGAUCCUAGCGGGCCUCCUGCGCCACCCGCCACUGCCCUCGGGCCCGCGGCCCACUCGGGACUGGACGGCGGCGCCCGCGGGCGGGGGUCCGGACAGGGGCUGGCGCGGCUGGUUCCGCCCUCCUCCCCCUCCUCCUCCCUCCUCCUCCCCUGCACUGCUGGCUCCGCCCUCUCCCCCCUCCUCCUCCUUCUUCCCUGCGCAGCUGGCUCCGCCCUCCUCCUCCUCCUCCCCUGUGCUGCUGGCUCCUCCCUCCCCUCCUCCUCCUCCCCCUCCCUCCUCCUACCCCCUCCUCCUCCUCCUUCAUCCCUGCGCAUUUGGCUCCGCCCUCCUCCUCCUCCCCUGCGCACUCCACCUCCUCCUCCUCCCCUGUGCUGCUGGCUCCUCCCUCCUCCUCCUCCUCCUCCUCCUCCUCCCCUGCGCUGCAGGCUCCAUUCUCCUCCUCCUCCCCUGCACUGCUGGCUCCAUCCUCCUCCUCCCCUGCAUGGCUGGCUCCGCCCUCCUCCUCCUCCCCUGCGUGGCUGGCUCCAUCCUCCCCCUCCUCCUCCUCCCCUGUGCUGCUGGCUCCUCCCUCCUCCUCCAACUCCUCCUCCUCCCCUGCGCUGCAGGCUCCAUCCUCCCCCUCCUCCUCCUCCCCUGCGCUGCUGGCUCCGCCCUCCUCCCCUCCCUCCUCCUCCCCUGCACUGCUGCUCCGCCCUCCUCCCCUCCCCUCCUCCCUGCACUGCUGGCUCCUCCCUCCUCCCCAGGCUGCCUGGCGCUCACCGGCGCCUUCACCACCUCGUGACGUCUCCCCCAACCACCUCUUCCUUUCCUGCCCGUUUCUGCCCGGCUCUUGAGAAGCUUCUAGGUGCCUCUUUGUUCCGCGACAUCCUCUCCUGUCGGAACACUGGAAGGAACCGGGGGAAACGGCCUGCCCGUCGCUGAACUGCGCCCGGGGCGGGGGGGGGGGGAGCCCCGCUGCCAGAGGACGGGUGUUAGGGGUUGGGUGGAUUGUUUUCCAUUUCCUCAGCUCCGCUAGUGCGGUUUGCGCUGCUGCGGCUCGCUCGGUGCAUCUGGCCCGCAGCAGCACCUGUGCAACUCCCGCCGGAUCCAGGACGUUUAAAAAGCUCCCCAGGGAACUGCGCCGUUUGGCCGAGUAGGGGAGUCGCGCCGUGACCCUCAAGGCCUGGGCGUCCCGGGGUGGGGGUGGGGGCGCCCCUGAAGAGAACCGCUCGCACCCUCCUGGGGAGGGGUCACAGCCCUAGCAGCGUUUGUAGAGUCCCAGCACCCAAACCGUGCAGUUUGUCACGGUUCCCGCUUCCUUAGCCCGGGCCGGGGACCCGCCUCUGAGUAACGCCCUGGCAGGGCCUUGAAGGCCGAGCCGAGGACACGGGGUCACCUUCCCCAAGUGCCCCCCCUCACAAGCCUGUCCGCAGCCGGCGUGGCUGUGCCGCCCUGACGCCGCCCUGGGGGGGGGGAGGGGGCCGCGCCCCUGGCCGGCCUGGGGACGAGCGUCCCCGCUGACCUGGAGGGAGAGAAGGCCUCGGUCCGCUGCAGGGUCGCGAUGCUAGAGCACCGGCCCCCACGUCCCUAACUUGGAGCUGCGAGGAUGAGACCCCGCACCUGUUAGUUCUGAGUCUUCGCCACGACGCAAAGACAGGAGCCACACCCGUUCUGUCUCCCUAAUUCCGGUGAAAUCACGUACUUUCUGCUGAGGAAAUAAGCGAUGUUGGUCUGUGGGAUCAACUGACCUUUCACGCUCACCACCUCACCGGUCCAUGCCCGUGCGGAGACUCUCCUAAAAUAACGCGGAAAAAGGUUUCCAAGAGUAUCCAGACUCAUGUUAAAAGAGGUUUUCAGGGAUCCCUGGGUGGCUCAGUGGUUGAGCAUCUCUUUGGCUCGGGUCGUGACCCCGGGGUCCCGGGAUCGAGCCCUCCAUCGGGCUCCUCGCAGGGAGCCUGCUUCUCCUCGGCCUGUGUCUCUGCCUCUCUCUUUAUCAUGAAUAAAUAAAUAAAAUCUUUUUUAAAAAUGCA